GGACCCUCCCUCCUGCUGCCACCCUGCAAAGGGCAGUGCCUGGGCCUCGGGGGAGGAGCCGCCGGGCAGGUUCGCGGGCACGGAGGGCGGCCGGGCUCCCAGCCCUGCGGCUUUCGCCGGCGGGAGCGAGAACAGGCUGUAGGCGGCUCCUUCCUGUGCAAACUUUUCUGUCCUCUUCCUCCUCCCGCCCGCCCGGCCGGCUUCUCGGCGCCGGGCAUCCAGCCUCCCCGCUCUGCGCGCUGCCUCAGGGUCUCCGAGCGCCCCCACAGCGCAGCCCACGGAGCCUGGCCCACCGCGCGCUCCGGGCCGGCGGCCGCCGGAGCCCAUGGCCGAGGCGGGCAGGAGCUCCGCGGAGUCCCCGGGGGUGCCAGUCGGGCAGGUGGCGGCCGAAGCUCCUGAGCCCGAGGCGUCCGCCCCGCCGCCGGCCCUGCGCAGGCUGCCCGGGGACCCGAGCCCCCGCGGCCGCUCCCAGAGCGACCUGUCGUCGUGCUCCAGCAGGGGCCGCCCACUCCGGGUGCACAUCUCCGGCUCAGUUGAUGGACUGGAUAAAGCUUCUAUAGCAAACUCAGAUGGCCCAACACCAGGUUCCCAAACACCUCCCUUCAAGAGAAAGGGGAAGCUCUCCACCAUUGGUAAAAUCUUUAAGCCUUGGAAAUGGAGGAAAAAGAAGACCAGUGACAAAUUUAGAGAAACCUCAGCAGUAUUAGAAAGGAAGAUAUCCACAAGACAAAGUAGAGAGGAGCUGAUAAGAAGGGGAGUUCUUAAGGAAUUGCCUGAUCAAGAUGGAGAUGUAACAGUUAACUUUGAAAAUUCAAACGGGCACAUGAUCCCCAUCGGAGAGGAAUCCACCCGAGAGGAAAAUGUAGUAAAAUCUGAAGAAGGUAAUGGCUCUGUAGCUGAAAAAGCACCACCUCUGGAGGAAAAGGCAGAAGAUAAGACAGAGAACACUGAAAACCACUCUGAAACACCGGCAGCUCCUGCUCCACCUCCUGCAACUCUUCCUAAGCCUAAACCCAAACCUAAGCCCAAAAAACCACCCGUGCUUCCAAAAGGGGCCGCUGCUGGGUCCAGCCCUAAGGGUGACGAAGUGCCUAUUAAAAAAAAUACCAAGGCUUCUGGUAAGCAGGCCCCCAUCCCUCCACCCAAGCCAACAAGCCGAAACACGACCCGAGAGGCCGCUGGUUCCUCUCAUUCAAAAAAAACAACUGGCUCCAAAGCGUCAGCUUCGCCAUCUACUUCUUCCACCUCAUCUCGUCCCAAAGCUUCAAAGGAGACAGUUUCUAACAAAACAGGGACGGUGGGAAUCACAAAGGGCAAGAAAAAAACUGGCAAGCAGCCAACGUCUCAACCGUCCUCAGACAGAACCACUUCUUUCACAACCAAAGAGGAGCUGGGAAAGGCAGCACCGCAGCUACUGGUCCCUGGGCUGAUGGGAGACUCUUCAGAAUCCUUCAGUGCCCCGGAGGAUGAAGGCCAAAGGGAGUACCGGGCCAAUGACUCGGACUCCGAUGGGCCGAUCUUGUACACAGAUGACGACGACGACGAUGAGGAUGAAGAUGGCAGUGGAGAAAGUGCUUUGGCAAGUAAAAUCCGACGAAGGGAUACUCUUGCUAUCAAACUUGGCAACAGACCAUCUAAGAAAGAAUUAGAGGACAAAAACAUCUUGCAGCGUACAUCUGAAGAAGAGAGGCAGGAAAUCCGACAACAAAUUGGAACCAAGCUAGUGAGGAGACUUAGCCAGAGGCCCACAACUGAAGAAUUAGAACAAAGAAAUAUCCUAAAACAAAAGAAUGAAGAAGAAGAACAAGAAGCAAAAAUGGAACUUAAACGCAGACUCAGCAGAAAGCUCAGCCUGAGACCCACAGUGGCAGAGCUACAAGCCCGAAGGAUCCUGCGGUUUAACGAGUAUGUGGAAGUCACCGAUUCUCCCGACUACGAUCGCCGGGCUGACAAGCCCUGGGCCAGGUUGACGCCUGCAGACAAGGCAGCAAUAAGGAAAGAACUAAAUGAGUUUAAAAGCACAGAAAUGGAAGUUCAUGAAGAGAGUCGACAGUUUACAAGGUAG